AUGGUGGAUGUUUUUCAUGAGUGCCUUACCAAAUGGUUGAUAUACGGAAAAUUAAUCGAUCCCGGUUUUCGAUGGAUGAUCGAAGUAGAAAGCAAGUGGACGGUGGAACAAAACUGGACAAAUAGAUUUAAGAUUAGAGAAGAGUCUGUGCCAUUAAUUUUUGAGCAUUUUGAAGGGCUCGAAGAAAAAAUUUUUUUCGUUGGCAAAACUGUUGCUCUGAUGGAACAAUUGAAUAUGGAAGAUGACGAUCUACAUAACAGGCUCAAAAUAUUUUCUUCUGUUAAUCAUUUUAAAUGUUAUGUGCAUAUCAACGCUGGUAAUUGCCUCCACUGUGCUGUUAAAAAACUUUCUGUUCGGAUAAAAAGCAAAGUUUAUCGAAAUAUUCUACAAAAAUAUGACUUCCAAGCGCAUAUACUUGCUAUAGAGCGACACUAUUUGUUGGAUGAUGAGAUUUUUGCUUUGACAUUUUACGAAAAACUAAGGGAAAAAACUAUUGGAGAUAGCAUGCUCAAACUAAAUUCUCACCAGCUUUCAGACUCUUUUAGAGCUGCUAUGCAGAAAUGUAACACUUGGCCUUUUGAGAUUUCACAGUAUGCAAGCAUUGAAGCAACUUGUGGGUUAAUGAAAGAGUUCACUGACGUUUUAGACUCUUCGCGUCUAGUUAGUAGUCCACGAGAUCUACGUGGUUUCGCAGCUAUCAGGUUAAACUACAAAGCGAAAAUUCCUAUUUCUAUUGUUCUGAAUGAAAGGUACAGUGACCUUUGUCACUCUUCGCGUCUAGUUAGUAGUCCACGGGAUCUACGUGGUUUCGCAGCUAUCAGGUUAAACUACAAAGCGAAAAUUCCUAUUUCUAUUGUUCUGAAUGAAAGGUACAGUGAUCUUUGUCUAGGCACCGCUUUGAAAAGCAGAAAUUUCACAAUAGAAAGCAAAAACGAAACAGUAGUUAUUCCUACUGUAUUGUUAUAUAACAAUGCAGUAGGAAUAACUAUUGUUUACGUCCCUUUUACGAUUUAA